AUGGAGGAGACUACUACUGUGGUGAUUGUUGGAGCUGGACCUUCUGGCCUUGCAAUGGCAGCAUGUCUGGGCAAAAAGUCAAUACCAUACAUUUUGUUAGAGCGGGACGAUUGCUACGGUUCGCUUUGGAAGAAGAACUCGUACGAUCGGCUAAGCCUUCAUUUGGCUAAAUGCUUUUGCUCAUUGCCCCACCAACCCCACAAAUACUGCACACCCACAUUUAUGUCCAAACAUGAUUUUAGCUCUUACCUAGACUCUUAUGUCAAGCAUUUCAACAUAAAGCCUCGUUAUUAUUGCUGUGUUGAGGUGGCCUAUCUAAAUGAGGAUGACAAUAAGUGGAGGAUCGAGACCAACAGCAUGUUGUCUGGGGAGCGUGAAGUCUAUGUUGCUGAGUUCUUGGUUGUUGCCACUGGUGAGAAUGCUAAGGCUUUCAUCCCAGAUAUCCAUGGGAUUGAGAGUUUUAAGGGGGAACUUAUUCAUUCCUCACAGUAUACAAAUGGACGAAAGUAUGAAGAAAAAUCUGUUUUGGUUAUUGGCUCAGGGAACUCUGGCAUGGAGAUCAGUAAUGAUCUUUCUGAGUUUGGUGCUCAAACAUGUAUAGUGAUAAGAAGCCCUUUACAUGUGUUGAGCAAAACAAUGGUGUGCGCAGGAAUGUUGAUGUUGAAAUUCAUGAGGAUCAAUCAUGUGGAUAAAUUAAUUUUGUGGCUAGCCACAUUUUACUAUGCAGAUCUACCUAAGUAUGGGAUUCACCGACCCCAAGUGGGACCUUUCCUUCUAAAGGCCAGUGGUGGAAAAACUCCAGUCAUCGAUGGAGGAAGCAUUGACAAAAUCCGUUCACAAGAAAUCAAGGUUGUUCCCGCAAUCAAAAGUAUCUCUGGAAACAACGUUCACUUUGAGAAUGGAACUCAUGAGAAUUUCGACACCAUCAUAUUGGCUACUGGUUACAAAAGUGUAGCAGCAGAAUGGGUCAAGGACUAUAAGUAUGGUCUGAACAAGGAAGGAAUGCCAAAAAACAAGUAUCCAAAUCACUGGAAAGGAGAUAAUGGCAUAUACUGCAUUGGCAUGUCUGGAAGAGGACUAGCUGGUAUAUCUUCUGAUGCAAUCCUUGUAGCGAACGACAUUGACAACAUACUUCAUGGGGGAAGAAGGGCUACCAAAUUGAAAUGGUUUUAG